GCCGUCAAGUGACUCAAGUCUAUUCUCACCCUUUUCGCUCUCUCUCUCUCUCUCUCUCUAGAUUUGUACUUGCUCCUCCACCUACCAUUCAUGAUUCAUGAUUCAUCUCUCUCUCUCUCUCUCUCUCUCUCUCUCUCUCUCUCUCUCCAUCUUGUCUAGGCUAGGAGCAGUACUUCAUAAUGUUUGAUUUGGGGGACGAGCUCAUAGUCGGUAGCCAAAGAAUACCAUGGCUAAUAUGGAUCCAACUCCUCGUAAUGCUCCUCCUCAUAAUUCUCCUCUAUUACUUCACCGUCUCCGCUCUAGGCUUAGAUCCUUCCACCUCCGCCACCGCCGCUGCAGCUUCUACUUCCACUGUCCUCCUCGCCUCCGGUAGCGCUGCCGCCGCCAGUACAAGCCGAGUACACAAUAUCAAGGUGGGUGAGGGCAACAGUAUUAAGGACAAUAUCGGAACAAGCACAAGAAGAAAAAGAAUAAGAAGAGAAGACAUCCAAGAGAGGGAAGGCAGCUCUUACCACCCUUGCCAUUAUUUUGGUCUCGCUAAACAAGCUUUUCUCAAGUGCUUGGGUUUAGAUCCCACCUCUAAAGAUUCUUCCAACUCACGUCACAGAAAAGAAGAAUGAUGCAUUCAGCUCUCUCACUCAUUAGUUUGAUGUAUACAUACAUAAUAUCUAGUUCUGCUUAUGGAUUAGCAGCACUUAUUCUGUAGUUGGGGAGUGGUGCUUUUCACAUCUGUUAAUCAACUUUCAGCUCGAAAAAGUUACUCCAAGCGCCUAAAUAUUGCUCUAGAUAGAGUUGUAUAUCGUAGGAAUGUCUUUCAUUUAUGAUUUUUUGGAUAAUAAUAAUAGGACCUAUGUGUAUGGAAGGGAAUGUCAUACUAACUCUAAGUUAUGUGAGUUCCCCUGGUAUUUACUGUAUUUUGGAUUUUUCUCAAAA